UUCUCUCCUCCGAUCUCUCGGCCGAUCUACGACGGAGCACAGUUAAUGGCGGAGAAAUUGGCGUCGGAGAAGCGCCACAGCUUCGUCAAUGGCGGUCAGAAGGUUUUCGAAUGGGAUCAAACCCUGGAGGAGGUCGACAUGUACAUCGACCUCCCUCCCAAAGUUCCCAAGAAACUCUUUUACUGCAAGAUCCAGUCCGAACACCUCGAAGUGGGGAUCAAGGGCAAUCCUUCUUAUCUCAAUUAUGAUCUCGCCUGCCCUGUGAAGGCCGACUCGUCUUUCUGGACCCUUGAGGAUGAAGUCAUGCACAUAACAUUACAGAAGAGGGACAAAGGAAACACUUGGUCAUCUCCCGUACUUGGUCAAGGUUUACUGGAUUCAUAUGCUGCUGAUCUUGAACAGAAGCGCCUUAUGCUUCAAAGGUUUCAAGAAGAGAACCUUGGUUUUGAAUUUUCUCAGGCUCAGUUCAGCGGUACCUGCCCUGAUCCGAGGACCUUCAUGGUUGGCAUAAGCUAAGCUUACAAUUGAGGUGACUCCUCUUGGUUGUUCUUUCUUUCUUGAUGACUAAUCUGUUUUUAGACAAUCAUGUGUAUACUAUCCACUCUCGGAGUUACGAAUUAUGAUUAAUCUUUUUCCGUGGUCGCAAAGAUUGCAACAAUGCCACUAAACAUAUGAUGAAUGUUCUAUCAAAAUUAUUGUAUGAUAUGGGUAGCAGUAGUAGUUUUCCAAGAGUUGCGCCCUUCGGAUCUUACAACUU